AAAACUAUGAUCUAUGUGAACUCCUUGGUGCUUAUCAUCACCAGAGAAACGCUUCAUGAUAUUUCUUUGACUAUGUUUAAUAUUUCCAAUGACCUGACUCCUACAGCUUCGUGCUGGAAUACUACGCAUUCCGCCUACGAAUUUGACUUACUUCCUGUACUCUACUCCAUCAUUUUUAUUCUUGGAUUUAUUGGGAACAUCUUGGUAAUAACGGUACUAUGUCUUCAAGGGGAUGUCAAAACCGUAGCUAGUAUCUAUAUUAUGAACCUGGCCGUGGCGGACACAUUAUUUUUGACAACUUUGCCUUUUUGGGCCACGUACUACUCAUUUCGCUUGCACUGGAUGUUUGGGAAGGCAAUGUGCAAAAUUUCCAGCUCUCUCGUGUCUCUUAAUUUAUUUGCAAGUAUAUUCUUCAUUAGCUGCAUGAGUGUGGACAGAUACUUGGCAAUAGUAUACCCACUUCGUUCACAAAGGAGAACAUUGACUCAAGCAUCUCUUGUGGUAUUUGCUGUUUGGAGCCUAUCGAUAAUAUUCUCUCUGCCCACUUUUUAUUUCCGUAAUACAUACUAUAUCGAGAGCCUGGGAGUACAUGCAUGUGUAAUGGAUUUUCCUAAAGAAACAUAUGCAACUUGGUGUGUGGCCCUCUCUUUAGUCAAAAUCUGUUUUGGCUUCUUUCUUCCCCUAACCACUAUUGGUACAUGCUACAUGAUGAUUGCUUUACACCUAAAGAAAUCAAAGGGCCCUAUAAUCAAUAAACAAAACAGAGACAGGGUCUUGAAAAUUGUGAGUGCAAUCGUUAUGACGUUUUUAAUCUGUUGGCUGCCCUUUCAUCUAUUGACUUUUUUGGAUGCCUUACUGCGAAUGGGAAUCAUUAAGAACUGCAGAAUAGAAAAAUCAGUGGAGGCGGCAAUACCAAUCUCUGUAUGCUUAGGUUUUUCAAAUAGUUGCAUUAAUCCGCUUCUGUACUGCUUUGUUGGAAACCAGUUCAGAGAGAAUUUCAGAAACGUAUUUGAUUUUAGACUUUCACAGAGAUUGAACAAUCAGCACAGCACGUCAAGAAAAGGAAGUGAUCCAAAAGUACAAGAACUAAGCCACUUGAAAAAAGAUACAAUGGUAUAAAAGCCAUUCUGUUACUUGGCUCUAUCUUGUCUAAUCAGGGAUUUUGUAAUUUGCAGUUCUUCUUGAGCCACUGAACCGCAUAUGCAACUAUAUUAGUGGCUGGUUUUGGAUAAUAAUGUGGCUUGAUGUGAUCAGCCAUUGGAUAUUAUCAUGCUCAGACUAGCCCGGAGGUAGUCAACCGUUGGCAUUGCAGAUUUUGUGGACUACAUAUCUUGUAUUGCCCUUACAGCUAUAAUGCUGGUAAAGCAUCAGGGGAGGUUUAGUCAACAAAAUCUGGAGUACCGAAGGUUGCUUCCCCUGGACUAAUCUGUUUGACUCUUGUGGUAGAUGUUCAACCAAAGCUUGAAUAAAUGUCUUUACUCAAACUUAAUUGCAUUUAAUAAUUUGUAAUUUGCUAAACCUUAUAUGUAUUAAAAAACCCAAGCAAUUUAAAGAAAAACUCUAAGCACCUAAUUCACUACAGCCCACUGU